AUGCUUCGUGCUCAACAUCAGCCAGUUGAAGCAACGGCCAAGGCUAAAGACUUGACAGCUUCGCAAACGCCCACUAGGCGGCAAGGCUUUUUGACUUAUUAUUUCAGUGAAGCAGCUCGCGAACAUGUGGCGACACUGAAAAGUCUUCUUGUACACCGCGCUGGUCUCCAUGAAGCUCUCCUGGUUGCUGUGCUGGCGCCAGGUUCUGGCAGUCCCGCUAAGCUGCAGACCUCUAGCAAAGUCGUUGAUAUUGAUCCCGACCAUGCCACCCUAACUCUCGGGGACGGAGAGGUGGUUCAGGGUGACGUGGUCAUCGCCGCAGACCCGUACAUUCUGUUGCGCGAUGCAUCGGCGCCAGCCACAUUGCCCCUACGACUCGUGUGGGAAUGCAUUACAAUUCUUGAUGUUGCGCCAGGCAGCACUGGAGGAUCCCGAUUGACAACCCAGCGACGACGUCCGUUAUCUUCCCAAUAUCUGUCACGAUUGCAAGGGAGAGGCGGGGGCCCAGUAUCCGGUCUUCGACCCGCAUGCAGCAGAAUCCAAGGUGAUCCCAUCAAGGUGACGCGAGUGCGCAGACAACCAAAGCUUCCUACCUGA